GUCUUAUACAUGUGAAAUGAUCAGCAGUCGUGCAAAGUUUCUAUAUAAUUACAACUUCUUAUAACUUCUCGUAAAGACUAAGAGAAGAAGAGAAAACAUAUUUAGCGAACGGAAUAUCUAAAGCUGCUGCUCAGGUAUUAUUGUAGAAAACAUAAUCCUGCCAACAAAUAAAGGAAAAACAAAAUAAAUAUCACAAAGAGAAAUAAGCAACAACGACAGAGGUUUUACCACAACAUUUGUUGGUGACACUACACAAUUCAAUAGCCAUGUUUAAAAAACAUUUCCCAUUGGCAUCCUGAGACGGACACACGGCGGAACCUUGAACGUGACUUCGCAACAUCCCGGACAAGUUAGUUAGUCGGACCCAUUCAGGAAGCGAAGUGCCUCAUCCCAGCUGUGACCUGCUCACUUUCACAUCAGGAAAAUGGACUUAUAGCCGGAGAGAAGAGUCAUGUUUACCUUAAAGGCAUUGCAGAAAAACAAGACGGUCAAAUAUGGGAUUCCCAUGCUUUUGCUCGUAGUUGGAGGUUCCUUUGGCUUACGAGAGUUCACACAAAUCCGGUAUGAUGCCCAGAAGAUCAGAAAAAAGCUGGAUCCUGCGCUGGAGGCCAAAGUGAACGUCCAGAAGCAGUCGGUCAUACUGGAGGAGGAGUAUGGGAAGUUGCAGGAGAAGAAUUUGGACGAGUGGAAGAACAUCCGUGGUCCUCGUCCUUGGGAGGACUCCAAGGAAUACCAGGAGCAGCAGCGCAGCAGGCAGAACAAACAGACUGAGGCGUAGGGACACCAGACAGAGCGCGCCGCACACACUGUAGCAGGACACACCAGACAGGAGGAGACGGACUCUGUGGCGAAGGCGCCGCAGAGACCCAAUUAUCCCAGAUGCUGCAACUCCGGGGCAUGAGCGCAUUUUGUUUGGUCUCUGCUUGUGUUGGACUUUAAACUUUGUACAGUGUUUGUACUGGUCUCUACUGGUUUUGACACAUUCAGAACUACAAGUGGAUUAAAUUAUACCACAGAAACUUGAAACCUUGAAAUCAUUUUAAGGUUAAAUUUAAAGAAGGAAUACUCUGGAUCUUAUAGUUUUAUACACAGAAGUAUAAAGCAGUCACCCGUCAGUGGGUUAUAUUCCACUCUGAUCAGGAGUUUAUAAUGGAAAAUAACCAGUAGGUGGCACAUCUGUGUAUCUGUGCACCAGUCCUUCCACACAGAGACAAAGGAAGGACAUAUAUGUCAGUGUGUGAUUUCCAUGUCUCAAUAAAUUAUGUGUUGUUGAUCCAAA